AUGCCUUACAACACCGCCGCGAUCCCUCCACGCAAGGAGGCGAGUGGGCGAACUGCCCUGCCCUUGACCAGGAUCAAGAAGAUCAUCCACCUUGAUGAAGAUAUUGCACAAUGUUCUAACAAUGCAGCCUUUCUAAUCGCGGUCGCUACGGAGAUGUUUAUCCGUUACCUUGCAGAACAGAGCUACAACGUCGUGAAGUCCGAACGAAAGCCACGGAAAACUAUACAGUAUAAGGACCUUGCAACUGCCGUUUCUCGAAUCGAUAAUCUGGAGUUCCUCUCCGAUGUCAUCCCGAAAACUACGACGUACAAACAAUUCAAGGAAAAGAGAGCGCGGGAGGCAGCUAAAGAGUCCGAGAGACCCAAAGGUCAGCGUACAUUGCAUAGGAAAGGAUUGGCUGCGAAUGGCGAAUCGGUGAUGUCUCGCGAGGAGUCGAUGGUGAACCUGGACGCGAACGGAGCACAGUCUUCGCCUCGCCCGCCAAUGGUCAUACACUCUUCACGGACACGCAGCGCACUUGUAAACGAGGAGCCUGCGGAUGAGGAACCCGUCGAUAAGGAUGUCAGCAUGAGCGGUUGA